CGGAACAUUCACACAGCUGCAGUCUUUAUUCUCUUCUUAUCCUGAACCUUCUGUAUUGGAUGGGCUUCCUGGACAACGAAUUUUGACGUUUCCCACAAAUUCCAAUAUUCUUCGCUUGGUGGCGCUGAGGUGUUGCAGGAAUCAUAACAACAAGCAGUUUAAAGAAUUUUGCAAGAAUAAAAAUUAUAAUUUUUGUAAUUAAUUUUGAGUAAUUUAUUAAGUAAAAUACCUUAAAAAGUUCUUGAAAUACUGAAAAAUCUUUUGCGGAUGAAAAAGUGAUUUUAUUACAAUUUUAUGAGGAAGAAAUAAAAGGAUUUUUGCAACAUAAUUUUCUCCAUUGAUGCCAAUAGGAUCCUCCAGCAGCGGAGAAGAAGCACUAAAAGAUGGACAAGAAGGACAUAAACAAACCAUCAAUCUUGAUACUUAACAACGACUGCCUGUUGAGUAUCUUUUCUUACCUCAAUGUUCAGGAAUUAAUGAUUGUGGAGAGAUUGUGCCAAAGAUUCGAAGAUGUUGCCCAGAUGUGCUACAGAAGAUACCGGGAGCUAGAUUUUGAAGAGCUCUCCCAGAGUACUGAAGAUGGAUUCAUCAAAUUGUGGGAAGCAGAAGAAAUAUCUAGUCGUGUGGGACGCUUCGUUCACGUCUUGAAGAUUUCCAGCAAUUCAAUUUUCAUGGAUAACGUGGAUAACGACUACCUCCCAAUGUCUGUGUUCAAGCAUUUUGAGAAUUUACGAUUCAUCUACUUGGAUAACUUUGACAUCACCAGUGAAUCCUGCAUUGAGGAACUACGAAGGACCUUCCCGGCCAUUGAGUACAUUGUCCUGGAUUUCUGUCGCUGCGAUGACGGCAUAGCAGCAUGGCUCGAGAAUUUACCAAAAUUGCAAGUUGUAAAAUUCAUUAAUAUCAAUGAAAUCACAGGACAAUGCCUCACAGGAUUACGAGGGAUCAAAGAGAUUAAAUUGUACAACUGCAAUGAUCUUGAACCGAAGUAUUUUGAGAAAUUCUGCGAAGAGAAUCCUCAAAUCCGUAAACUUUUCCUCUACUUGGAUAUAAUACAGCAUAACAAUAGGAUCUUACUGCAGAGCAUAGCGAAGAACCUUAAAAAUUUAGAGAGUCUUGUUCUCUGGGAUAUUUGUGAUAUGUUCGACACUUUCGGUACAUCAGGACCUAAUUUUGAGAUUCUAGGAGAUUUACGGAAAAUCACCCGAUUGCGUUUAUGCUACACAGGUCACGAGAACUCGGAUAAAUUGGAUUUAUUCCUUGAGAAUCUCUCAAAGAAUACGCACAUUGAGUGUCUUAAUAUUUGUUGUACUCACUACGAUAUGCAGAAGAGCACUCUUGAGAUGCUGGGAAACUUUUCGGAGCUGAGAAUCCUUAAAUUGAACUACAUUCCAAAUUGUGACUUCCCACUGGGACGCCUCUCAUGCUUCGAAACACUCCAAGAGCUUCAUCUAAUUGGAUGCGAAGUUACAAUUUCUGCCCUCACGGACGUCAUCGUGAAGUUUAAAUGUCUCAAAUUAAUAAAUCUUGCUCAGUGUCCUUUUGACAUGAACUCCUUGAUCAGCAUCACACCACUUCUCAUCAGUAGAACUCACGUCCUUGAGAUUAUUGUUAAUCAAACAUCCGUUGAGGAGGAAUUGAAGAAGGAGCACAAAAAUGAAGAGCUGGAGAAUUUCAUUGCAAGCUACAAAGGAAAACUAAAGCUCACGAUCAAUGCAAACAAGGAUGGAUCAACAAAACGAUCGUUCCACCAAUGGGAAGAAUGGGAAGGAGACAUAUCAUGAGAAUCUUCGUUAAAUGAACUGCAGAAAAUGAUCCACAAGACUACAAAAAAUUCUUUAUAUUCACAAAUUAGCAAUAAGAAAUUUUGUAAAUAUUUCUUUUUGUUGAAAAUUAACGAUUUUUAUAAAUUAAAUUAUUUUUAAUUUAAAA